AUGGCAGGCAACGGAGAGGAAAAGAUGAAAGCAAUAGCUGACCUCAUCGCCAAUCUCCUCCGCACCAUCAACGAAGUCGAUAAAACGGAGGGUGAAGAUGUAACACCAAAUACCUCUCCUAGGCAAAACAGCUCGCCCCCUCCUCAGGGCAGCAUUACGACCUCACACGGUAAAGGGGCCUCUACUUCCACAACGGAAGAGGACCGGCAAAAUAGUCUACGCACUGGAGAAGCUCGGCCAAAAAGUGAAGUGGCCGCAGAAGAAGAGGUCCGACCCGAGCACCAGAAAGUCAAAUGCCCUCUGCGAAUUCCACCAGGAGCGGGUCACAAAACCGAGGACUGUAUUUCCCUAAGACAAGAGGUCAUGAACAUGCUUCACCAAGAGCACUUGAAAGAGCUGAUGAGCGACCGAGGAAGAGCCAACUUCGCCCGAGGACGUGAACAGCACCAGGGACCACCCAAACCACCUUCCCUAGCUCGAACCAUUCAAAUGAUCAUCAGAGGGGGCGACGACGCAUCAAUCAACAGCAUGAAGUUCACCACCACCCACAUACUCAAACGGUCAAUCACUCAUAAUGUCAGCAGUGAAGGGCAAGACGUUAUCAGGGAUCCCGAAAUCAUAGAAGCCACAGGGUCGACCAUAGAGGAUGUCGACCCCGUCCGACUUGAUGAUAACGACCACAGCAAGAAAGCUUUCAUCGGUCACAAGCACCAAGAACCAGACAUGCCGGGUAUUCCAAAAGAGACAGCAACACAUAAGUUGAACGUCGACCCAUUCCAACCCCCGGUGAGACAAAUCAAGCAGAAAUUUAAUGCCGCCAUAAACGAUGCAGUAGGCGAGAAGGUAGAGAAGUUGUUGGAAAAUGGCUCCAUCAGGGAGUCAAAAUAUCCUCAAUGGGUCUCCAACAUGGUCAUGGUGAAAAAGAAGAGCGGGAAGUGGCGGAUGUGCAUGGACUUUACAGAACUGAACAAAGCCUGUCUAAAAGAUUCAUUCCUGCUUCCUCAUAUCGACCAACUCAUUGAUGUGACGGCCGGGCACAAGUUGCUCAGCUUCCUAGACGCGUACUCGGGCUAUAAUCAGAUCCUCAUGGAAGAGGAAUACCAGAAGAAGACCACCUUCAUCACUCAUCAGGGAACGUACUGCUACAGAGUGAUGCCUUUCGGACAGAAAAAUGCAGGGCGACGUACUAGAGGUUGGUGA